AUGAGCCACGGGCCCAGCCCCCGACUGGCCGAGUCCCCGCAGCUGUCCAAGGGCAGCCUCCUGACCAUCCUGGGCAGCCCCUCGCCGGAGCGCAUGGGGACGGCCGACUCGCUGCCGCCGCUGCCUCCUGGUGGCUGAAGCCCCGCCCCCCCCCCCCCUCCCCAGGCCUGCCUGGUGUUCGGAGGUGGCAUUCAUUGCUCUUCUUUGGGGCAGAUAAUGACAGCUCCUGUCAGCCAGCCUCAGGCCAGGAGGUUGGCCAAGAGGGGGGCUCAGCUGCCACUGGUCCAUCCUCCGCCUUGGUCCCCACAGGAACUGGAGCUAGUGGAGAGCCUGCUGAAGAGCAGACCAGAGGAGCCCGAGGGCUGCUGGGAGGCACGCAGCGUGGGGGCCGGGGGCCCACGGGGCAGCUCCGGCCGCCAGGAGCGCAGCCGGCUGCCCUGGGAAGACACAGCCACCAUCGAAGAGGGUGCAUCCAAGUUGACCGCCCUGCGGCUGCGGCUAGAUGAAUCCCAGAAGGUGCUACUCAAGGAGCGAGAGGAUAAACUGGCACUGAGCAGGAACAUUGAGAAGCUGGAAGGGGAGCUCAGCCAGUGGAAGAUCAAGUAUGAGGAGCUGAACAAGACCAAGCAGGAGAUGCUCAAGCAACUCAGCAUCCUGAAGGAGGCCCACCAGGACGAGCUGGGUCGCAUGUCCGAAGACCUGGAGGAUGAGCUGGGUGCACGGUCCAGCAUGGACAGGAAGAUGGCCGAGCUGAGGGGUGAGAUGGAGCGGCUGCAGGCGGAGAACGCAGCCGAGUGGGGUCGCCGUGAGAGGCUGGAGACCGAGAAGCUGGGCCUGGAACGGGAAAACAAGAAGCUGCGGGCGCAGGUCGGGGACCUGGAGGAGGCGCUGGCCCGGCGGCGGAGGCAGACAGCCAGCGCGCUGGACUGUGACCUGCGGGCCAGCCAGGCUGCGCUUUUCGAGAAGAACAAGGAGCUGGCAGACCUGAAGCACGUGCACGGCAAGCUGAAGAAACAGUUCCAGGAGAAGGUGGCAGAGCUGGCACACGCCAACCGGCGGGUGGAACAGCACGAGGCAGAGGUGAAGAAGCUGCGGCUGCGGGUGGAGGAGCUCAAGAAGGAGCUGGCCCAGGCCGAGGACGAGCUGGACGAGGCCCACAACCAGGCACGGAAGCUGCAGCGGUCGCUGGACGAGCAGACGGAGCAGAGCGAGAACCUACAAGUGCAGCUGGAACAUCUGCAGUCCAGGCUCCGAAGGCAGCAGCAGAACGCCCCCCUCUUCGGGAAGAUCCGAAGCGCUCGCUUCGGCACUGAGGAAGCCGGGGACGGAGCCAGCGACCUGGAUGAGGAUGAGGACCUGCAGAUCCAGGUGGCCUAG